ACAGCUGGACUGUACUUCUUCUCAGGGUUCCUGUGUCCAGCCAGCUGCAGCGGGACCGCCCCGCACACACUCACACUCACACGCACUGCCCUCCUGUCCGUGCUGUGUCGCGGCAGUCCAGCCCCCCUUGAGGGAGGGGAAGCCGGAUUGAACGCCAGUUUUAUUGCGUUGUCAUGUUUCACAAGAGUUCAGAAGCUCAGAGACCGCCUGAUAACAGCGUUUCAUGGAUGCACCCGAAGUCUGAGCGCGGAGGGGCUUUUUUUUCUCACCUUCUACCAACUUUGCAACUCCGCGUAAGGCUGUUCCCUUAUGGUGUUUGGUUUUCAAUACCGUUUUCAUGGGUGAGAAUCUUCUUCUGUAGCUUUUAGAGUAUUUCUUGGUGCAAAUCCAAUUAGGUCUGUGAAGAUGCAGCUCCGUACGGUCCUUGACGUCAAUGUUGUGGAUGUCCAGAAGAGAAGGAAUCCCUCCAAACACUAUGUGUACCUCAUCAACGUCACUUACUCGGACUCCACUUCUCAUGUCAUCUACAGGAGAUACAGCAAGUUCUUUGACCUGCAGAUGCGAAUCCUUGACAAAUUCCCAAUUGAUGGAGGACAGAAGGACCCCAAAAAGAGAAUUAUUCCUUUCUUACCAGGUAAAGUCUUGUUUCGCCGAAGUCACAUAAGAGAUGUAGCCGUCCGAAGGCUGAAACACCUGGAUAAUUACUGCAAAGCUCUGUUGAAGCUUCCCUCCCACAUUUCCCAAAGUGAGGAGGUCCUGAAGUUUUUUGAAACCAACUCAGAGGACCUCAACCCUCCCGCAGAAGAAUGUGGAGGCUCGGGAAAACGAAAAUCAGGUGUGGAUGCUUCGGAUCCCAUGCUCCUGGAACAGUAUGUGGUGGUGGCCAAUUACGAGAAACAAGAGCCUGCAGAAAUCGGCCUUCAAGCGGGCGAGGUGGUCGACGUCAUUGAGAAGAGCGAGAGUGGUUGGUGGUUUGUCAGCACCGCAGAGGAGCAGGGUUGGGUCCCUGCCACCUAUCUCAACUCCCACAGUGGCACACGGGAUGACUUGGAGCUGGGCGCCUCUAAAGCUGGGGAAGUAACUAAGCGGCAUAAGGCUCAUCUGAAGAGGCUGGACCGGAGAUGGACGUUGGGGGGUGUCAUCAGCCGCCAGCAGAGCCGAGAAGAGAAGUACAUAACAGUGCAGCCCUAUACCAGCGAGGGCAAGGAUGAAAUUGCUUUUGAGAAAGGUGUCAUUGUGGAGGUGAUUCAGAAGAAUCUGGAAGGCUGGUGGUUUGUCAGGUACCAGGAUAAAGAGGGCUGGGCUCCAGCCUCUUACCUGAAGAAGAUGAAGGAUGAUCUCUCUCCCCGCAAGAAGACCGUGACGGGCCCGGUGGAGAUCAUUGGAAACAUCAUGGAGAUCAGUAACCUGCUCAACAAGAAAGCUUUGAGUGAGAAAGAUGUGCAGGUUGAAGGAGUCCCAGAGAGCCCCCAGGUGGCCAAGAAGGAGAUCAGCCUGCCAAUCCCAUGUGCUGACUCCAGCCCUGUUAAUACCCUCCAGGAUGGAAAAAGUAAAGCAGAGCCUGCCUCGCCAGCUGUAGCUCGCAUCGCCCCUCAUCGGGUGGAAAUUGGUUCCCCAGUUCUCAGGCAAAAACCUCCUCCUCGAAGAGAUGCAACCUUGGGAUUUCAGUUGCCCUCCCCACCAGAGGCCCCUACAGUUGAAGCAGAGUAUUACACCAUCGCAGAUUUCCAGUCCUGUAUAUCUGAUGGGAUCACCUUCAAUGGAGGACAGAAAGCAGAGGUCAUUGAGAAGAACUCUGGUGGUUGGUGGUACGUCCAGAUAGGAGAGAAGGAGGGCUGGGCUCCCUGCUCCUACAUUGACAAACGUAAAAAGCCCAACCUGAAUCGUAGAACAAGCACUCUGUGCCGCCCAAAAGUUCCACCCCCAGCUCCCCCUGUCAAAAAACAAGACUCAGUGGAGACAGCACCUCCCAGCAGCCCCGGCUCUGAAGCUCCAGAGUCCCCUGUGUCUCCUGGAAGGCCAGUGUAUGAAGAGCCAGAAUAUGACGUCCCUGCCAUUGGCGAUCUGGACAUGGAGUCUGAGUUUGAGUUUCUGAGGGGAGAAGGUUCCUUGGUGGAUGUAAAAACUGAGGACACUUCCUCCGAGAAGGGAUCCCACCUGUCCUCCAAGCCUUCUCCGGCUUCAUCGCUCCACAGCGCCUCCUUCAAGAUCUCAUUUGAAGAUGGCCAUGAGGCAGAGGGGGAGGCGGAAGGGGAGGAAGAGUGUAUCUAUGAGAAUGACGGAUUCCGGCCCCUCAGGGAGACGCCAGAGCGACAGUGCAGCAGGGACUCAAAUUCCUCCAAGACAAGUGUCUUGUCAGAAACUGGCAAGACUGCAAACCUGACAUCAGGUGGGUGGAGACCUGCAGGUAACAAGCUCAAGAUCGACUUGAAUGGGAGCCCAUUUUCAACCAAAGCUGAGGAGGCAUCCAGUCCUAAAUCUGCCUCCACUGAGUCCACCCCAGAUCUGUCCAGAACUAAGAAAGACCAAGAGGACGGAAAAGCAUCAUCUUCCAACAAGUCCUCCUCUAAACCAAAGCCAGUGGUGAGGCCUAAACCACAACUAGCCAAGGCGUCGAGUGCAGAGAAGAUGGACAUCAGCACCUUGAGAAGACAGCUGCGGCCAACAGGGCAGCUGAAGAAUGGCACCAAAGCUAAAGGUGAGGACUCUGAGACAGCUUCAGUCAUCUCCUCAGAGGACUCCUUCUCCUCUCAGAGCACAUCCGAUCUCUCUUCCAUCUAUUCUAAAGGCAGCAGGGGAGACUCGGACCUGGAAGGCUGCAACCUGUAUCGUACCACAGAUCCCUAUGAGAAAGUCCAAGAGUCAGAGCUCAGCUUCCCUGCUGGAGUGGAGGUGGAGGUGUUGGAGAAGCAGGAGAGUGGCUGGUGGUAUAUCCGCUGGGGAGACACAGAGGGUUGGGCUCCGACUUACUUUCUGGAGCCUGUCAGGCAACAAGAUGACAUGGCAGGGUCUGAAUCUGACGGCACCCCGACUAAACCUGGAAGCCUCAGCAAGUCCAACAGCCUUGAGAAGAAUGAACAAAGGGUGCAGGCUUUGAACAACAUCAACCAAAACCUAAAGAAAAUCACCCCACCCAUCCCCUCCAAGCCUCCAGGUGGCCUCUCCAAACCCAUUGGCUUGUUCGGCUCACGGAAACAGAAUAGCACCAAACAGCAGCAGGUUGUCAGACCUCAGUCUGUCUUCAUAUCAGCUCCGAUCAGGGACGGCCCCAGCCCUGUUGGCUCUCUCAGGAGAAACGAGUCCCUCAACUCCACGGACCACCCUCGUGCCAGCCCCACAGUGCGACGCAAUGCCUCCUUCGGCACUGUGCCACGCAACGUGCCACCCAACAACAUAGCACUGCCCAACAGGAACAGAUCCGGUACCGGCAGCUCUGAAUCUCUUGGCCUCAGCUCUCAAAAGAAUGCCCUCCCUGUAUCCACAGUGAAACCCAAGCCCCACAUCAUCCACAACAACCUCAGAGAGGUGUACGUCUCCAUAGCAGAUUACCAUGGUGACGAGGAGACCAUGGGAUUCCCCGAGGGGACGAGUCUGGAGGUCCUGGACAGAAACCCCAAUGGAUGGUGGUACUGCAAGGUUCUGGACAAUGGCAGACCAAGGAAAGGAUGGGUUCCCUCAAAUUACCUCGAGAAAAAGCACUAGCACUCAUGUGUGGAGCUGGCAGAACUCUGAACAUGCGUGUAAAGACUACUCAAACAGAUUUAUUUUGUGAAAAAAAAAAAAAAAAAGGCUAACCUUAAGACGUUAAGUAAGGAUUGAAA